AUGCCCUUUGGGCUAAUUGAGGCUCCUAGUAAAUUCAUGAGGCUAAUGAAUGAGGUGUUGAGACCAUUUCUUGGGAAAUUUGUGGUAGAUUACCUAGAUGACAUACUGAUCUAUUGUGUAACUGUAAGUGAACACCUUGAGCACCUUAGGAAGUUGUUUGAAGUCUUGAGGAAGCAGCAACUAUAUGGAAAGAUAGAGAAAUGUGCUUUCAUGUUAUCUGAGGUGAAUUUCUUAGGAUUCAUUAUUAGGAAGGAAGGAAUUAAGGUAGACCCUAUUAAGAUAGAAGCUAUUACCACCUGGCCUACACCUACCACCAUCACACAGGUGAGAUCCUUUCAUGGUUUGGCAUCAUUCCAUAGGAAAUUCAUUAAGAAAUUCAGUUCUAUCAUGUCACCCUUAACAGAAUGCACAAAAAAGGGGGUUUUUGACUGGACUACUAAGGCCCAAGCAGCUUUUGAGCAGAUCAAGGCGUUGAUGUGUGAGGCACCUAUUCUGAGACUACCUGACUUCACUAAACCCUUUGAGGUUGAGUGUGAUGCAAGUGGGAAAGGGAUUGGGCCUGUAUUAAUUCAUGAGGGAAGACCUGUUGCCUACUUUAGUGAAAAACUAAAUGGGAGUAGACUUAAUUAUUCUACCUAUGAUAGAGAGUUCUAUGCCAUAAACAAGGUGAACUCUAGGCAUAGUAAGUGGGUAGAAUUCCUUCAAUCUUUCACAUUUUCAGCUAAGUAUAAGGCAGGGAAGGCUAAUAUUGUAGCUGAUGCUCUAAGUAGAAGAUAUCAUUUGUUAGCUAUAUUAGAAGCCAAAAUCUUAGGCUUUGAGAUGAUUAAGCCUUUAUACCUUGAGGAUCUUGACUUAGGGGACAUAUAUACUGAGUGCACACAGGGGCCAAGGGGACCUUUCUACAUACAGGAUGGAUUCCUAUUCAAGAAUAAUAGGCUGUGCAUACCUAGAUCACCACUAAGGAAUACCUUAGUCAAAGAGAACAGCAAGGGGAAAGGAUGCAAUGAUGGUAGUAGAGGACAGAUUCUCAAAAAUGGCUUAUUUCAUACUUGCAAUAAGACUAGUGAUGCUAGGCACAUAGCAAAGCUAUAUUUUGAUGAGAUCAUUAGGUUACAUGGUAUACCUCAAAGCAUUGUUAGUGAUAGGGACUCUAAGUUUUUAAGCACCUUUUGGACUAGCUUAUGGACUAUGUUGGGUACUAAGUUGUUGUUUAGCACUGCAUAUCAUCCUCAAACGGAUGGACAGACAGAGGUAACAAAUAGGACCUUGGAAAACAUAUUGAGGACAUUAGUUAAGAAAAACACUAAGGAUUGGGAUGAAAAAUUAGCCUAUGCUGAAUUUGCAUAUAAUAGAUGCCCUAGUUUAACCACUAAGUACUCACUAUUUGAAUGUGUAUAUGGUUUUAAUCCUAUGACUCCUACUACUUUAGUUUGUUUACCAUUGCAGGAACGAGGAGCAUGGAGUGCAGAGAAGCAAGUUGCUGAAGCACAAAGAAUACAUAUCCAAGUUCAACAUAACAUCAUAUUUCCCAAGCAUAGGAGCAACAAGCUCAAGCCUAGGGCAGAUGGUCCUUUUCAGAUCAUUGCACAAGCAGGGGACAAUGCAUACACAGUGGAUUUGCCUUUCAGCUAUGAUGUAUCCCCUACAUUCAACAUUGGGGACUUAGCACCCUACUACACGGAUUUGGAAUUGAGGUCAAUUCCUUUUCAAGAAGGGGGGAUUGAGCCAAAUCAGCUAGGCUCAGAUGAAGGAAGCUACAAAGACUCAAGGGAACCAGAAAACAGCAACAGCAACAUGGAAGAUUAUAUGAUAUUGCCUCUGCAUUUGGUGUUACACCUGCUUGGGACAACAGACAAGCAAGAACAACCAACAGCAGCAACAGAAUCAAACAUGCAGCAGAGUCUAAUCAAACUCGCUGACCAGGCCACCUUGACAGAGCCGUCCAGACAAAUCCUUAGAUCGUGGGAUGACAUGGAGGGCAAGAAUGGAAUCUCCAUACAUGGACCUCGCUGUCAUGGUCCAAGAGUGCUCCUAAUAGUCAAGAGAAGGGCACAAGAAACAGGGUCAAAGGUCACGUAG